CUAACCUUCUUAAUAUAUCUUUGUUCUUUUUAAUAGAGAAAACCCUAAUAUGAAUUUUAAUGUCUGGAAUAUAAAAGAGAUGAUGAGUAUUCCAUCGGGCUCUGGUAUGAUUAAGUCAUCUAACCGGAAUAAUAAUCAGACUGAUUGUUCUGCUCUCAGUGAUUCCCAGUUCCUCUUUGGAUCUCAGUUUUGUCCAGAAAAUUCAGAGUCCCUGUCAGCACCCUUGGACUUGGGUCCCCACUUAAGAAAUCCAAAACAGACAAAACAGAAUUCUAUGGAGCUGAAUGAACCUAGUAUUUUGACAAAGUACCAGACAAAACCUCAGUUAUUUGAAGAUAAUACAAAGGAUGAAGUCUCUUCAACCUUUUCUCUUCCUUUGCCAGUUGCCAAAUCAAAAGGCCUUUUGAAACAGUUUGAAGAGAAAAAGAAAUGGGCAACAGACAAAUGUGACAGUGAGACACUGUACAACCUUAUUUCCCGUGUUGGAGAAAGCAUUCAUAGGUUACAGACAUCCGUGGAGAAGUCUGAGGAACAUCUCAGUUCAAGAAGCCAAGCUCUUUUGGAUUCUUUGAAGAAUAUGACCAACACAUUACAUGAGACUACACAGGUCCAGAACAAUCUGAUGUGUGAGACAGUACAAGACAAAGGCAACAGAGACCAGGCCAUCCUUGAGAUACAGAAGAGCUUCGAAAACAGACAAGAAGAGUUUAUAGAAGUGAAGUCCAUCGUGAAGCACCUUGAAGUUGUAGUUACCCAGCAGAGUAAGGACUUCCAGCAGCUUUCUGAGCAGCUAAGCCAGCUGAAUGUGCCAAGUGUGCUAGACGAACUAAGAAAAUUGAUCUCCAUGCUUCAAGUACCUAGGCAUGUGAAAGAUGGUACUUCUCAGACCUCCCCUCUGUCUCAGAGCCUUAAUUUCACCAGAAAGGAAAAAUAUACCUCUGAGGACCCAAUUACUUGGCAGGCUCAGACCUCCCCUGUUUCAGGAAAAACCAGUAUGGACUUGAGACCUGGAGAAAUAGGUGUCUGGGAUGAGGGAGCAAAGACUAAUGCUCUCCAAGAAGAUGCUGGGCUGCCAGCAGUUGAGUCCUGUGAAGAAAAUGGGCAUGUGAAGAGCGGGGGACCACAGAGUAACUGUAGGAAUCAGGCUGGCAAUAGAGUGAGUCCCAAGAACCAAGACUCUGGCAUCUCAGGCUAUAAAGUUUGUGAUGACAGAGCCCUGGUUUCCCAAGGAGACUCACAGCUCAUAUCCCAGGACUCUACAACCAGUGUUAAGAAUGGCAGCACAGAGCAGCAAGCCCAGAGCAUGUUGGCUUGUGACUCAGGUGAACAGUUAAAAAUUAAACGGAAAGGCAGUAUGGUAGGGAGAAGGAGGAAAGGACGCAGGAAAGCACGCAGAGUUAGGUGCCCGGUUAAGAAGAAACAACAAACCCCAAGUGAUUCUAAACAUCAGAGUCCCCAGUCUCCAGUUUCUGGUCCUCAAGGGCUCCCCAUGAGGCAGCAGGAACCCCAAGCUCAACCUUUACAUCAAGGUCUCAGAAGAUGCACAAAUGCAGUUAGCUAUGAUCUAAGAGAGCCAAUCAACUCCAGUCGGAGAGCCGGGGCAACUCCACCCACUAGCUGCUUUUCCCCGGAGGACCACAAGAUCAGCUGGUUUAAUAGCCUUAGUGAUGGGAAUUCAGGUCUUCCUCUGUUUAAGAAGAAAAAGAAGACUUUACUCUGUGACUUUGGUCUUGAUAGCAGUGAUGACGAUGCCAAUCCACAAUGA